CAAGCUGGCGGGGGGGGGGGGGGGGGAGGCGAGUUUUCUUUGCUUCGGCCCCUCCUCCCACCCUCCCCACGGAGAGCCGAGCAGCAGUCCUAGAGCUUCUCGCAAGUCUCUCUCACACUUCCCCGCCUUCGCCCCAAAGGAGCAGCCGCUCCUACUUGCCUCUCCACUGCCGCCGCCGCACCGGCGGAGCUCCUCUCCCGCGCGUCUCUCCUCCGAUGGAGCUUAGGCGCCGCCGACCCCGCAGCUGCCCCGAGCCUUGAGCGGCGCUGCCCCGGCCGGAGGAACGCGCCGCCUCGCCCGAGGGAGCAGAGAGCACCCGGAGUGCUGGGGCGCGGGCUCCGGGAAGGAGAAAGUGUAGCUCUCUCGGGUCACUGGGCCGGCGGCGGGGGGACUAUGGCUCUGAAGGACACGGGCAACGGCGGCAGCACCAUCCUGCCCAUUAGCGAGAUGGUCUCCUCGUCCAGCUCGCCCGGCGCCUCGGCAGCCGCCGCCCCGGGGCCCUGCGCACCCUCGCCCUUCCCAGAAGUAGUGGAGCUGAAUGUGGGCGGCCAGGUCUAUGUGACCAAGCACUCGACGCUGCUCAGCGUCCCGGACAGCACUUUGGCCAGCAUGUUCUCGCCCUCUAGUCCCCGUGGCGGCGCCCGGCGCCGAGGCGAGCUGCCCAGGGACAGCCGGGCGCGCUUCUUCAUCGACCGGGACGGCUUCCUUUUCAGGUACGUGCUGGAUUAUCUGCGGGACAAGCAGCUUGCGCUGCCGGAGCACUUCCCCGAGAAGGAGCGGCUCCUGCGCGAGGCCGAGUAUUUCCAGCUCACCGACUUGGUCAAGCUGCUGUCGCCCAAGGUCAUCAAGCAGAACUCGCUCAACGACGAGGGCUGCCAGAGCGACCUGGAGGACAACGUCUCGCAGGGUAGCAGCGACGCGUUGCUGUUGCGCGGGGCGGCGGCCGCCGUGCCCUCGGGCCCGGGAGCGCAAGGUGGUGGCGGCGGCAGCGGUGUGCCGGACAAACGCUCGGGCUUCCUCACGCUGGGCUACCGGGGCUCCUACACCACCGUGCGCGACAACCAGGCCGACGCCAAGUUCCGGCGUGUGGCGCGCAUCAUGGUGUGCGGGCGCAUCGCCCUGGCCAAGGAGGUCUUCGGGGACACGCUCAACGAGAGCCGCGACCCCGACCGGCAGCCGGAGAAGUAUACGUCCCGCUUCUACCUCAAGUUCACCUACUUGGAGCAGGCCUUUGAUCGCCUGUCCGAGGCCGGCUUCCACAUGGUGGCGUGUAACUCCUCGGGCACCGCAGCCUUCGUCAACCAGUACCGCGACGACAAGAUCUGGAGCAGCUACACCGAGUACAUUUUCUUCCGACCACCUCAGAAAAUAGUAUCACCUAAACAAGAACAUGAAGAUAGGAAACAGGACAAAGUCACUGAUAAAGGAAGUGAAAGUGGGACUUCCUGUAAUGAGCUCUCCACUUCCAGUUGUGACAGCCAUUCAGAGGCAAGCACUCCCCAGGACAACCCGUCCAGUGCCCAGCAGGCAACAGCUCACCAACCGAACACCUUAACGUUGGAUCGACCCUCUAAAAAAGCACCUGUGCAAUGGAUGCCCCCACCAGACAAACGCAGAAACAGCGAACUCUUUCAGACACUCAUCAGCAAGUCCCGGGAAACAAAUCUGUCCAAAAAGAAAGUCUGUGAGAAGCUAAGUGUGGAAGAAGAAAUGAAAAAGUGUAUUCAGGAUUUUAAAAAAAUCCACAUUCCAGAUUAUUUUCCAGAGCGCAAACGCCAAUGGCAAUCUGAACUCUUGCAGAAGUAUGGGUUAUAGUAAUUAUCACAUUCCCACAGUAUUUUGAUGACAUUCAAUGUUUACUACAGUGUCACCACCUGACUGGUGUCCUAACAAUGGUCAGUGUGAUUCUUGCUGCUCUUCCUUGUUGUGAACAGUGGAUGUGGAACAGUAUUUUCUUUUAUUCUUUUGUUGUUGUUGUUUUUAGAAACAUGAUUAAAAAGGAAAAAAAAUAUCAAUAAAUGUUAAAUCAAAAUGGAAUAUCUGAUUCAAACCAUUUUACAAGAAUUAAAGUAAAAUGUGCAUGAUCAAGCUUAGAAUCUUGAUUUUUGAACUCUGGUCAACUGGACAUGUUUGUCACUUUGUAACUUAUCAAAAACAAACCAUCAUAUCAUACCAACUAAAAUGAUAUAUGGAUGAAGCAACAUCAAGUAAAAUUUUAGACGAUGGUUAUAGGACCCAAAUCUAAAGCUGUCUAAAUGUUAAUGCAAUAAAACAAGUAUUAUUUUUGCAUGAGUACAAUGUUACACAUAAAUCACAAGAAAUAGGGAAGAUAUGUUUGUUGCUUGGAAAGAAAAAAAUUACAAAAAAAACAGCCAAAAAAAAAAAAAUUACUUUAGGCAAAGCCUAUAAAUGUAAGCUGUCUAGGAGACUGAAUUUUCUUUGUUCUGGAUCUGUGACUUUUUUGUGUACGUGUAUGGUGUUUAUGUAUGUUAAGAUGGUGUAAAUAUGCCUUAUACUGUUAUUUAUGGCAUCAACAUUCAUUUAUUAAUGCUAGUCAUGGUUACUACUGUGAAAUGAAUCUUUUACAUCAGGCUGUGAAAAUUGGUAUAAUGAUACUUUGAAAGAUCCUAUUAUCAUGUUAAUCAAAAUAAUAUAGGGAAAUGGUAAAGAGCUUUAUGUAUUUAUUAAAAAAAGAAAAAUGUAUUAGAA